AAAGUGCAGUUGCCGACGAUGAGCUCAGCAUCAGCACUACUUCCGAGUUUCCCCCUGACGAAACAACAGAUAAUGCUGUUCAGAUAUCAAGAAAAAGUUUCGCAAAACAGGGUCAAUUUCCUGAGGCAGCAGCCGUGUUUCUUGACGGCCAGUUUAUGUGCUCUGCCUCAAUUAUUGCCGAGGAUGCAGUAAUUACUGCGGCAAUCUGUUUGGGAGCGAUACCUGAAUUAAAACCCGAGGAAGUGAGCGUUGUGGCUGGAAACAUUGACAGGAUGCAGGGUGCAUCCGUGAAAGCGAAGACCAUUAAGAUUCACCCAUUGUUCAGAUAUUACCCACUGCAAACCGUCUUGGAGCACGAUAUUGCUAUAAUUUUACUGUCGGAGCCUUUUAAAGUAGAUGGACAAAAUAUUUCAAAAAUCAAGCUGAUUGAAAAGAGUAAAGCAAAAACUGACUUGACCAACAAGGAAGGAGUGGUAGCUGGAUGGGGCGCAGUAGCGAUGCAAAACAAACUGCUUCAAUACGUGAAUGUGACCAUUUCUAAUCAAACCGCGUGCAAAAAUUAUUAUAAACAGCUUUUGCCUGUGCCGUACAAUUUGGAUCACUACCAAAUGUGUUCUGAAGCAACUGAAGAUUUAUGCAUUGGGGAAAGUGGAGCUGGUUUGAGAGUCAUCUUAGACGCAGAUGACGCGCCGACACUGGUCGGAGUGGCGGAGCCAUCGGCCGACUGUCCUCAUCCCAAGAGGCCAGAAAUUUACACAAGAAUUUCCGAAUAUCUGGACUGGAUAAAUCAGUCUCUGGCAAAUCCUUAG